UGUAACAUCAAGAUAUAUUAAUUAAAUGACCCCCUUGUUCUGAUGAUCUGGAGCAACCUCUCUCUCUCUGUUGAGUUGUGGACCGCCAAGAGUUUCUGGAAAUCAUGCUAGAAGUUUGCAUAUUAGCCAAACAUAAAGGGUUUAGGCCUUUCCCGAUCAGAAAUGGCGUCUCUCAUGGCGGCCCGGCGUGCUCGAACCCCCAUUCUUCUCUCCUCCUUCUUCAAGGUACGGUCUCCUCUCCCUUCUCGUUUCACCUUCACUUGCGGAGACCAAACAGAUACCCUAAUCAAAGCCCUAAGCACCUCAGCAAUCCCUAACGAUUUCUCAAAUUUUCCUCCUCCGCCGCAACAACCUUCUUCGUCUGAUCCUCGAUAUCGUCAGGCCCAGCGGGGGAGCCAGGUUCAUCCUCCGAAUGGAAAUUUUAAUAACCAGUCGUUCUCGGAGUUUCAGAAUCGCGAUUAUGUUCAACAGGGAAGCCCUAGUAAUCAAUUCAAUUAUCGAAGUCAGAAUCAGAGCCCUCAACCCAAUCCUGGAUUCUCUCUUCAGGGUCAGAGAUAUACUCAAGCCGGUAACCCUAAUUCGUGGAAUCCUCCAAAUCAAAGCUACCCGCAGUAUCAAAAUCCUUCACAGCCGAACCCUCAAAAUUUCAAAUAUCAGCAAGAAAGAGGUCCUAACCAAUGGAACAAUCAAAAUCAAGGAUACCCACAGUCCGGAAGGCCUGAACAGCGGAACCCUCAAGUAGAGUAUUCUAAUCAGUUGAAUAACCAAGCUGGGAUUCAAAGGCUUGGUGCUCAAAAUCAAGAACCAAAUGCUUUUGUAUCUCGUAUUGAUGAACUGCGGCGCGUUUGUGGAGAGGGGAAGAUGAAAGAAGCUGUUGAAUUAUUGAAAGAAGGUGUUAAAGCUGAUGCUGAUUGUUUCCAUCUGUUGUUUGAACUAUGUGGGAAGUCUAAAUCAUUUGACAAUGCUAAAGUAGUUCAUGAUUACUUUUUACAGUCAACUUGUAGAAGUGAUCUGCAAUUGAAUAAUAAAGUGCUCGAGAUGUAUGGGAGAUGUGGAAGCAUGAGUGAUGCACAGAGAGUGUUCGACCAUAUGCCUGAUAGAAAUAUUGAUUCUUGGCAUUUCAUGAUGAAAGGAUAUGCUGAUAAUGGAUUGGGUGAUGAGGGUCUGGAGUUAUUUGAGAACAUGAAGAAGCUAGGAUUGCAACCCAAUUCACAAACUUUUCUUUUUGUUAUGUCAGCUUGUGCUAGUGCAAAUGCUGUGGAAGAAGGAUUUCUGUACUUCGAGUCAAUGAAAAAUGAUUAUCAUAUUACCCCUGACAUGGAUAGUUAUUUAGGGCUUUUAGGUAUUCUUGGAGAACCUGGACAUAUCAAUGAGGCUUUUGAGUAUGUUGAGAAACUGCCAAUGGAGCCCACGGUCGAGGUGUGGGAGACUUUAAAGAAUUAUGCUAGAAUUCAUGGAGAUGUUGAUCUUGAGGACUAUGCGGAGGAGCUAAUUGUUGAUCUGGACCCAACGAAAGCUGUCUAUAAUAAGAUACCGACGCCACCGCCCAAAAAGCGGUCUGCAAUUAACAUGCUUGAUGGGAAGAACAGGAUUAGUGAAUUCAGAAAUCCAACUCUCUACAAAGAUGAUGAAAAAUUAAAAGCUUUGAAGGCAAUGAAAGAACAAGGGUAUGUGCCAGAUACUAGAUAUGUUCUUCACGAUAUCGAUCAAGAGGCCAAAGAGCAGGCAUUGCUGUAUCAUAGUGAACGAUUAGCAAUCGCAUACGGAUUGAUAAGUACUCCAGCACGGACGCCUCUUAGGAUCAUUAAGAACCUAAGGAUCUGUGGUGACUGUCACAAUGCCAUCAAAAUCAUGUCUAGAAUUGUUGGGAGAGAGUUAAUUGUAAGAGACAACAAACGGUUCCAUCAUUUUAAGGAUGGUAAAUGUUCUUGUGGGGAUUACUGGUAAACCAUUUAUUCUACAACAACCCUCAACAUGUACCUGAUGAGUUUAUCUUCUCAAUAGUCGAGUGCCAAACCAUCAAUAUCCUUAUGCGAACCCGGGAACAAGCUUACUGAUCGGAGAUGAGCUAGCCAUUUCUUUAUAAUGUACGGUCUGCUUAUCCUUAGUCUUAUAAUCAUAUUUUUUUCUUCUUUUCCAGCUUUUUAUUGUUGAAUUGAAUUGGAAAGCGCUAGUUUUAUUCUCCCUGAAAGAUGACAUGUAAGCAUUUUGCAAAAAGAAAACAUCCCAAUGGCAUUCCUUGAAUCCUUCUUAAAAAUGUGGUAAUUUGUUAAACAUUUUAAGAGGGACAUGCUUUGGAUUUGUUAAGAAGAACAGCAGUUACUUUCAUCCA